CUCUCCCACCGUCACACCAAACUCUUACCCUGGCUCUCAAACCUCGCUCAUGCAGUCAUAUAUUUAACCCUUCUCUCUCUCCAGCUUCAGUAUUAACCUCCUGAGGACCAUCGUCCUACACAACUGUACCCAAGAUGGCCUCCUCUGGCGUUGACUAUGUUAAUACGUCUGCUCCCUUCGACGACAAGAAGCCUGACGACAAGAAGGAAGGUUACGACGAAGAAGAGCGUCCAGAUUCUAUUUCCAUUAAGACGGGCGAUGCCACCCAGCGCAAGCUGAAGCCACGACACAUCCAGUUGAUCGGUAUUGGUGGAACGAUUGGAACUGCUCUCUACGUUCAGAUCGGUCACGGCUUGAUCAAUGGCGGCCCUGGAAGUCUAUUCAUCGCAUUCACGUUAUGGUAUGUUCUAUAUCCCCUGAAAAUUAUAGGCAUGGCGGAAAUGGUCACUUACAUCCCAAUCUCCUCGCCCUUCAUCCGAUUCGCCGGCCGCUACGUUGAUGAUGCCUUUGGAGUAGCCGCAGGCUGGAACUUCUUCGUCUUCGAGGCAAUGUUAGUACCUUUCGAGAUCGUGGCUUGCAACGUUAUUAUUCAUUAUUGGAGUGAUGCUGUUCCGGCCGGAGGCAUCAUUUCCAUUGUCAUUGUGCUAUAUGGCCUCCUCAACCUCCUAGCCGUCAAGUGGUACGGCGAGAGUGAGUUCUGGGCCGCCCUAGGCAAAGCCCUACUUAUAAUCGGCCUCAUCAUCUACACCUUCAUCACUAUGCUCGGCGGAAACCCUAAACACGAUCGCUUCGGCUUCCGCUACUGGCGCGACCCUGGCUCCUUCGCCGAGCUGUACUACACCGGCAACCUAGGCCGCUUCCUCGGCUUCCUGCAAUGCCUCAUUCUAGCUUCCUUCACCGUUGCAGGCCCUGACUACGUCUCCAUGGCCGCUGGUGAAGCCGAAAAUCCCCGUGUCGUCAUGCCACGCGCCUAUAACUCUGUCUUCUACCGCUUAACGGCCUUCUUCGUGCUAGGCUCCCUUUGUGUCGGCAUCAACGUGCCCUACAACGACGCGGAGCUUAUCGCGGCUUUCAAGGACGGCAGGCCUGGCGCUGCUGCUUCUCCCUACGUCGUCGCCAUGAAUCGCCUCAGCAUCCAGGUCCUCCCAGACAUCGUCAACGCCAUGGUGCUCGCGUCCGCCUUCUCCGCAGGGAACAGCUACGUCUACUGCGCGUCCCGCUCGCUGUACGGCCUCGCGCUCGAGGGCAAAGCUCCCCGCAUCCUUACCCGCUGCACUCGGCAGGGCGUGCCGAUCUACUGCGUGCUCGUAGUCCUCGCGCUAGCCCUGCUCUCCUUCCUCCAGCUCUCCGAGAACUCGGCCGUCGUGCUUUCAUGGUUCGUGAACCUGGUCACCGCGUCGCAGCUCAUCAACUUCAGCGUCAUGUGCUUUACGUUCAUCCGCUUCAAGAAGGCGUGCGAUGCGCAGGGGCUGGACCGCAACACACUGCCCUACAAGGGCUUUGGGCAGCCGUUCACCGCUUGGUACGGGCUGACUGGGUGCUUCGUGAUGACUUUCGUGGGCGGGUACCCGGUCUUCCUGAAGGGGCAGUGGGACUUGCCUACUUUUUUGUUCUCGUAUAUGAUGAUCUUUGUGUUUCCGGUGCUGUACGUUGGUUGGAAGCUGAUCAAGAAGACGAAGUUCAAGAGCCCGAUGGAGGUGUAUCUGUAUGAGGAUCUGGAAGAAAUUGAGGAGUAUACGAAGAAUUUUGUGCCCACGCCUGAUAAGAGUGUGGUGGAUAGGUGGUUCAACAAGAUAUUCAGUUAGAUACCCAGGCUGUGGCGUUCCUGUAGAGCGGGAGGCGUGAUAGAUGGCCGCUAGACGGCUAUAUUACUAUGGUUGUUUGACGACUGUAUUGCUAGAUUCGAUGGCGAUAUUACUUAGGUCAGCGGACACAAGGAAUGUGGUAUUCCUAUAACGGUAUAGCCGAACAAAUUAACUGACUUUAUUCAAACCGAAAGUCGUAAUUCGUCAUACAGCUACGUGUGCUAUUCUUAGGUAACUAAAUCCGAUAGGCGAGAAGCUUGAACAUGGCCACUAUAACUCCGACCCUCUUGCUUCCUUCCCUAGACCUCAUCAUCACUCUGGCUUUC